AAAAGGCCCACCUGGGCGGAGCGCGCGGGCUACCGUUUGGGGACCGGGCCCCUCCCUCCGACCAGGCGCUCCGAGGGGGCGGGCCCUUUCGGCAGGCGGAACCAAUCGGAGCGCGCCCGGGCGGGGAGCGCUGCCUAAAGCUCGGCGGUUCUGGCCGUACUGUAGCAGCGGCGGCAGGAGCAGGCGGGGAAUCGGCGCACACGGGAAGGGGCGCCAUGGAGCUGCGACGGACGGUCCAGAUUUGCCGCUUCCACUUGCUCCUGCUGCAACGCAAGAAGAACCCAUGGCUCAUCUCUGCCCCCCACUGCAGGCAGCGCUCCAGUUCCCAGUCAGCCAGCUCUCAUGGACAGAGGGGGCUGCUGAAGAAGAUCUUCCUAGGGGUGGCCGUGGGGCUGCCCCUGACCGCUGGGACCCACUACGGCCUGGCUGAGAAGCAGGAGCGGCGGAAGAUGAGGCUGCUGGUCGAUGGCCUUGGGCGCUUCGUCAGGUCUUUGCAGCUGGGAGUCCAGAUCUCCCUGGAUUACUGGUGGACGCACAACGUCUUGCUGAGGGGGCUGGAUGAGAACAGCCCGGAGUACACAGCAAUCCUGUCAGGAUGUCACCAGCGGGCGGCCAACAGCAUUGUCUACGGGGCCAUCCAGAACGGGGGUCUCUACAUCAAGCUGGGCCAGGGCCUCUGCGCCUUCAACCACCUCUUCCCCCCGGAGUACAUCAACACCCUGCGUGUGCUGGAAGACAAGGCCCUCACGCGUGGCUACAAGGAGGUGGACGAACUCUUCCUGGAGGAUUUCAAAGCCAAGGCAGACCAGCUCUUCCUGGAGUUUGACUAUGAGCCAAUUGCGGCAGCCAGCUUGGCUCAGGUGCACCGGGCCAAACUCCAUGAUGGCACCCCUGUGGCUGUGAAGAUACAGUACAUCGACUUGAGAGACCGGUUCGAUGGGGACAUCCGCACACUGGAAUUCCUGCUGCAGAUCGUAGAGUUGAUGCACCCCAGUUUUGGGUUCAGUUGGGUCUUGAAGGACCUGAAGGGGACCCUGGCCCAGGAGCUUGACUUUGAGAACGAGGCACGCAAUUCGGAGCGCUGUGCCCAAGAGCUGAAGCACUUUGACUUUGUGGUGGUACCUCGAGUGCACUGGGACAAAAGCAGCAAGAGGGUCCUGACCGCGGAUUUCUAUGAAGGCUGCAAAAUCAACGAUGUGGAUGGGAUCAAGAGGCAAGGCCUACAUGCCAAGGAUGCUGCAGACAAGUUAAUCCGGACGUUCGCAGAGCAGAUCUUCCUCACCGGAUUCAUCCAUGCUGACCCGCACCCAGGAAACGUGCUGGUGCAAAAGGGCCCUGAUGGGAAGGUUCAGCUCAUUCUGCUGGAUCACGGCCUGUACGAAUUCCUUCAUGAGAAAGAACGAGAAGCAGUGUGCAAGCUGUGGCGAGCCAUCAUCCUGCGCGAUGAUGCCAGCAUGCAGCUGUACUCCAAGCAGCUGGGUGUGAAAGCCCAGGAUUACUUCCUCUUCUGCGAGAUCUUGCUGCAGCGGCCGAUCAACAUGGCCCAGCUGGCGCUGUCCAAUGUGCUGACACGAGAGGAGACGGCCUACAUGCAGGACAUGGCCAAGAACCGCUUUGACCGCAUCAUGCAGGUGCUGAAGGACCUUCCCCGCUCCAUGUUGCUCGUCUUCCGCAACAUCAACACCGUCCGUGGCAUCAACGUGGCCCUGGGGACUCCUGUGGACCGGUACUAUAUCAUGGCCAAAAGUGCAGUGAGAUGUUGGAGUCACAUGGUCAGCCAAAGAGCUGGGGGCAUCGGCAACGUCGUCUUUGUCCGCUGGAUCCGCGCUGCCUGGGACAGUUUCGUGUUUGAGCUUGCACUCAGGUUCCAGACAACCUCCAUAAAGCUCACUACCUCUUUUCUGCGCUUCCUGGUUUUUGCCGGUUUCCUGAAGAAGAGCGAGGACCAGGAACACCUCUAUGAGUUCCUGCAGGCGUGAAGCUCCUGCUGCAAUCCAAAGCUGGCUGCGUCAGGACCUUGCAGGGAGCGCAGCUUGACCAAAUACUUUUCACACCCAUAAAGGAGGGGGGGAACCACCUCUUUUUUGGUAUUAAUGAAUUUCUAGGGAAGGAACUUGAGAAGUGGGAGGCGCUGCCUGUGUUUGGUCACGUGGUCCUGGCCUAUCCCACAAAAUGAGAGUUCUCACCUACCCAGAGUUGUCCAAAGACAGACUGUGCAUGUUCUUGCAACAAGCAGCCUGGAUGAUGAUCUACAAAAAUAAAAUGCCUUUUUUUUGUA